AUGGGGAUACUAUCGGAUGCAGAGAGAUGGGCUCUGGACCUGAUCAAGGUGUAUGCUGACUCUCGCAAGAUAGAGCAUCUGGAUCGGGUGAAUUUUGUUAUGUUAAACGUCGACAACACAAAGUGGGAGCAAGAAUUGGACGAGUUUGGUGUGGAGGGCAUCCCACAUUUUGCUUUCUUGGAUGGGAAAGGGAAUGAAGAAGGGAAUGUCGUUGGUAGACUCCCGAGACAAUAUCUGAUGGAGAAUGUUGCUGCUCUUGCUAAUGGAGAGCCUUCAGUACCUCAUGCUCGUGUUGUGGGAGAAUACAGCAGCGCUGAAUCCAGGAAAUUCUACAACCAAGGCCGCGAUGACUUCUUCAAGUCCGCGUCCGCCGCCACACAACUCCACCGUGCCGUCAACAUGCCACCCGGCCCUCUCGUCGCCCGACCCCGCGUCGUCGCCCUCCUCGACGCCGCCGAGCUCUCUCUUCUCUUCGACACCUCGCUCGUCGAGAAGAAAGAUUUCACUGGCACCUUCAUGCCCUCACUAAGCUCAACGGCGGUUUACCGGACCCUCUCCUAUCUCGACGUGCACGAACCCAACCACGCUCCUUUGAAAAAGCUCUUGUUCUUUCUCCUUUCAUCUCGUCGUCAGUCUGUGAUCCCUGAAUUCAGGAGGACUUUUGGGGAUCUUUUCCUCGGUCUCGAAUCUGAGAUCGCUAAAAGGGGCAAGGCUGAUUUCGGUGAGGCUAACGAUCAGGCCGCGUUCAAUUUUCUCGCGAGGUCUUUACUGGGUAAGGAUCCACUGGAGAGCAAGCUGGGAUCAGAUGGGCCGAAAUUGGUAACGAAAUGGGUACUUGUUCAGCUCGGGCCUCUUUUGACCCUCGGCCUGCCGAGUCUCCUGGAAGAUCUCGUUCUUCAUUCCGUUAGAUUACCAGCUGCUUUGGUGAAAUCCGACUACGAUAAGCUCGCCGCUUUUUUCCGCGAUUCCUCGGGUCCGGUUCUCGACGAGGCCGAGCGUCUCGGGAUCUCGAGGGAAGAAGCUGUUCAUAAUUUAUUGUUCACUAUUUGUUUCAACGCUUUCGGCGGUAUGAAAUUUCUCUUCCCCGGCUUAGUUAAGUGGGUCGGCCGAGCUGGAGCUAGACUUCACGGCAAGCUAGCGGAGGAGAUCGUUAGAUCCAACGGCGGAGAGGUGACGAUGAGAGCGAUGGAGGAGAUGCCGUUGAUGAAGUCGGUGGUUUACGAGGCGAUGAGGAUCGAGCCGCCGGUGCCGUUACAGUACGGGAGAGCGAGGAGGGAUUUUGUGGUGGAGAGCCACGACGCGGGCUUUGAGAUUCGUGCUGGGGAGCUGCUGUUUGGAUAUCAGCCGUUCGCUACGAAGGACCCGAGGGUUUUUGAGAGGGCUGAAGAGUUUGUCGGUGACCGGUUCGUUGGAGAGGGGGAGAGGUUACUAAAACACGUGCUGUGGUCUAAUGGACCGGAGACGGAGUCCCCGACGACGUCAAAUAAGCAGUGCGCUGGCAAAGAUUUUGUGCUGCUAGUCGCGAGGAUGUUGGUUGUUGAGUUAUUUAUGAGAUAUGACUCGUUUGAUAUUGAGGUUGGGUCGGGGCCUUUGGGUUCGUCUGUUAAGUUGACGUCGUUAAAGAGGGCUAGUUUUUGAAAGGAGGGAGAGUUGAGGGGGCUUUUUGUUAAAUUAUAGGUUUUUAGUGUGGGGGCCGCGCAAGCCCGUGAAAAGGAGGAUGGGGAUGGAUUAUUGAGUUGGAUAUGUUAGCAUGCAUUAUGUGUUUUUGCUGUUACUGGAAAUGGAACCUUGUAUGUAUUUUAUGUAGAAUCUCGUGUAGAAGUGGAAAUAUGUGCAUGAGAUCUUGAAAUUUGGAUUUUUA